CGUGUUGCGGAAUUGGAUUCGCCAACCACUCUUGCCGCGUAGUACUUGACUCUUCCUUCCUUGAGCCAAAACCCACACUUUUUCUCCUUCAAAAUAUCAUUCCUUUUCAGAUAGAGAAGAAGAUAACUAGAAGAAUAAUUAUUCAAUCGAAAGAAAUCAAUUACCGAUCGAUCAAUCAAGAUGAGUUUCCUAUUCGGCAAGAGAAAAACUCCCGCAGAGCUCCUGCGUGAAAAUAAGCGUAUGCUUGAUAAAUCUAUCCGAGAAAUAGAAAGGGAGCGACAGGGGCUACAAACACAAGAGAAGAAGCUAAUUGCAGAGAUAAAGAAAAGUGCAAAGCAAGGGCAGAUGGGUGCUGUAAAGGUGAUGGCAAAAGAUCUUAUCAGGACAAGGCAUCAGGUUGAAAAAUUUUACAAGCUUAAGUCCCAACUUCAAGGUGUCUCCCUCAGAAUACAGACUUUGAAAUCAACACAAGCAAUGGGUGAAGCAAUGAAAGGUGUUACAAAGGCAAUGGGACAGAUGAACAGGCAGAUGAAUUUGCCGGCAUUGCAGAGAAUAAUGCAAGAAUUUGAGAUGCAAAAUGAAAAGAUGGAAAUGGUGAGUGAGGUGAUGGGAGAUGCCAUCGAUGAUGCUUUGGAAGGGGAUGAGGAAGAAGAAGAAACUGAAGAGUUGGUGAACCAGGUCCUUGAUGAGAUUGGAAUUAGUAUGAAUAAUGAGCUUGUCAAUGCUCCUUCCUCUGCGGUGGCUGCUCCAGCAGCAAAAAGCAAGGUUGCACAAGCUGAGGCAAGUGAACAUGACGAUGGUGGAAUAGACAGUGAUCUGCAAGCAAGGUUAGACAAUUUGAGGAAAAUGUAAAUUAUUUACAAAUUGAAUGGAAACUUUAUAUGGCUUUGUAACAUUUGUGAAAAUUCUGGAAUUCAUGUUUGGGCAUAGUCUGUCAUUGCAACACAUAGCACGCCCGAUGCUUUCUGUUUAUUCUUGAGUCUUUUUGUAUUAUAAUACAUAGUUACACGAACAUUGAAAAAGUUCGCAACAAAGUUUUUUUGUGGUUUGUAGGAAGAAAUAUUUCCUCUUUUA